AUGAUCAAGGUAACCGUUUUUUACGAAAACGAAGAGGGCAAGUCCUUCGAUUUCGACUACUACUGCAACACGCACAUGCCCAUGGUGCAGGAACGCCUCACCACCUUCGGCAUGCGCUACUACAACGUCGAGAAGGGUAUCUCCGAUGCUGAUCCCAGCGCUCCCCCCAUUUAUACCGCCAUCGGGUACCUGUUCUUCAACGACGUGGAUGGCGUGCACGAGGGCUUCAAGACCCACGGCCGCGAGCUGGUGGGCGACGUGCCUAACUUCACCGACAUCAGCCCCAAGUUCCUCAUCAGUGAGCUGAUUGCGUGA